AGUCCGUCUGUCAUCAUGAACACUUCUCUGUCUUCAAGUCCUGCAUCUCCAGAGAUCCAGAAAAACAGAGAGGACUUCCCGGCUUCGCUAGACAAACUACGGCAGCUGAUAAAAGACAAAGUUCACGUCCUACAAUCCCCCUUCAUCACUGAGGAGCAACAGGGUUUGGUGUGUGAGGAGAACACAGAGAGAGAAGGACUGUGGAGGUUUGCCGUUUUGAGUGAGGAGCUGACCUUUCACCUCCAGCAGCUGCAGAGACAGACAGAGCAGGAGCUCAGCAACAUACACACACAACUCUUGCAGAUUGAAGGCCGCCAGCAGCUGCUGACCACUGAGCUUUUCCAUCUUCAGGAGAAGAAGAAACAGACCGAACAAGAGCUGAAGAGAAACUCCAGCCUUCAGGCGUCCACUUUUCAGCUGUGUGCUUGUCGGGAGCUUCAAGCCUCCGUCACCGAGCGUUUGCUCCAAUCAGAGAGUUUGGUGUUCCAGGAGGAGGCACUGAGCGCGCUCCGUAACCUGCUGACACAAGACCUGCAGAGGUACCAAGAAGAGACGCAGAGACUCACCUGUUUCACACAGAAAAUACUCAAACAAUCCCACAGAGAGGAAACGUCUAACAGCAGACGGAGUGAUCGCACCAUGCUGGGAAACAACGAGACAGAGCAAGGAAACAACAUGCAUGCGCCCGAGUCUACUUCCUCCCAGUCACCGAUUAGUCCUCACCAGACCACCAAGGAAGAAGAGGCCUGGAGAGCCAGUCAAAAGAAACCAGCUGCAGGCCUGUCCCGCAGGUCAAACCUGCAUCGAACCGGCAGCGUCAAAGACCUGAUCGGUAAAUUCUCCGGUCCGGAUGAAGCCUCCCCACAGAGCCCCUCAUCAGGAACAGUACAAGUCCCGAAGUCUGCUUCCGCAGCGACUGUCGAGUCUCCAAAGUCCAAGUCGAGUCCGUCCACGCCGAUCAGCGUCAGACGAAACGAGGGUUUGCUUCCCAGCAUCACUGUGACCUCUCCGUUCACGAUGAUCAGUCAGGCUCAAUCAGCUCAGAAAGGCACCGUUAAUAGUAAGAUCACUGCGAGGAUCGAUUGUCCAGUACGAGGCAGCGCCGGGAAGACUGAUUCAGAACCGAGGAGAAAAACACAAACCACAGACUCCGGUAGAGACUCGGUGGCUGACUCCGGCAUGGGAUCGGAGUCCGAAUUCGACUCGAACAAGCAGCCAGACAGCCCGUCAGAGGAGGAGCCCACCACGCCCCAAGCUGAGCCAACCAGUCAGAACCCGAAAUAUGAGCUGUACCUCAACAACGGGAGCAAGACCAACGGGGUGAGUGGCAGGGAUGCAGAUGGUCCAGGAGGAGGCGGCGGGAGAGUGGGGGAGAAUGGCCCCCGGCUGUCCCGAUGGGAGAGCAACCGGCUGGGGCCGAACCAUUAUCGGGGGUCCCUGGAGUCCCUGGCCUCACGGGACUGGGACUCUACGUCUGACAGGUAUGGUGUUGUCGACAGCCCUCCCAGGGUGUUCAACAGUCCGUACGCCACGACGACCUCCAUUGAUUACAACCCCACGUACCGAAUGUCUGAUUUCAAGGCUCCUGGUGGACUGUCUCCUUCCACCUCAGAGAUGAACCUGUACAGCUACAACAGUCGCAGCGCCAGUCCGGUUGGCAUGCACAACUUCAACGCCGGCCACACCCUCAACACCGGCCAUAGCUUCAACACCGGCCACUCCUUCAACACCGGCCACUCCUUCAACACCGGCAACACCUUCAACACCCCCCGCCCCCGUUUCUCCGCCUACGACACUCUGUUGAAGAAGAGGUCCGAGGUCACCAACACUAUGGCACCCACCACCCACUACAGUAUGCGCUCUAACACUGUGGGGGGGGCCCAUAAAAAAGACUACAUAGAGGAGUUGACCAAACAGAUGGACGCCUGCCAGAAGCGUAACCAGUUCCUGGAGGCGGAGAGUGUGGAGAUGGAGAAGGAGAGAAACCAGAUAAGGUUUGAGAUGCGCGGCCUGCUGGUGAACAACGAGGACCUGCUGAGGACCAACACUCAGCUGAACAACGAGAUGAAGAGGACGAGAGAGCAGAUGAUAGAGAUGGAGAGAGAGAACCGAGAGAUGGGCGAGAGAUACAGAGAGAUGGAGAUUGAGGUGAAGGACGCCCGGGACGUGAUGGUGGAGGCCAACACUCAGGAGUACGCCUUCAAUUUUCUCCAGCAGUCCCUCAAAAACAAGAUCCAGGACGCUGAGGACAACCUGGAAAAGCAGACGCAGCAUGCCCAGACGCUGUCUGAGAAGUUGUGGCUGACAGAGAGACAGCUGGAGGACCUGGAGGUCGACAGAGACACCAGCGACAAGAAGUCAUCCGAACUCAACAACACCAUCUUCAGACUGGAGACAGAGCUGGGUGAGGCCCUGCUGUUGACCACGCAGGCUUCAGCCGAGCUGAACCUGCAGCAGAAGCUGCGUGACGACGGCGCGCAGAGGGUGGAGGAGCUGGAGGAGACUCUGCUGGAGAAGGAGCAGGAGGUGCAGAAACUGCAGCUCAUCGUCAGCAGACUGCAGGGAGAGGUGUCUGGUAAGCUGAUUGAUAAGGAGCGGACGCUGGAGGACGAGAUCCAGCUGAGAGAGAGGAUCCAGCUGCAGUGUAAGCAAGCGGAGAGGACGGUGGAAGACCUCCACAUGGAGCUGCAGAGCACCAACCAGGCCAAAGAUGACCUGGCCAAACAAGUCAAACAGGCUCAGGAGAAGAUGAUCGACCUGGAGAGCGAUCUGGAGGAGCUGCAUGACAGCGAGCAGAGAUGGGCCGCCAAACACAAGAGAGCUAUCGAACAGACUGAGCAGCUGCAACUGAAGUUGAUUCAGGAGAAGGAUCUGAACGACCAGCUGGAGACUGACAAGGUCGCCAUGGAGAGACAGCUGCGUGAGCUGCGUCUGGAGGUGGAGGAGCUUCAUAGCUCCAGAGUUCAGGAGGAUGUCAUCUCCAGGGCGGAGGCCAGAGUCAAAGAGCUGGAGAACAGUCUGAGGGUCGAGGAAAGGAACAAGUCUGUUCUGACCAACGCCAUCAGUAAACUGGAGAGGAGGAUCGUUGAGCUGAGCGAUCAGAUGGAGGAGGAACACAGGAUAGCUACUGAGCAGAAAGACCUGAUGACCCAGAGGAUGCGCUCUCUGAAGCGUCAGCUGAACGAGGCGGAGGAGGAGACGAGCAGGAAGGAUGGGCAGUACCGCCACACCCAGAGAGAGCUAGCUGAGGAGAGGGAGUCGAGCGGCCGGCUGCAGAGGCAGCUGCUCGACCAACAUCUGCAGACAAAGCGUAACGAGACUCUGACAUACCGUCAGACUCUGGAUAACCUGAGGUUGGACCUGAGUGUCGACGACGAAGACGAGGAUCGCCUACAAACAAACAAUUACACCAAAGUCUAAACCCUCACACUCUACACAUUCUGUCAUUACAAAACAUGAAACAGGCUUUACACCGUGGUGACAUGUGACAUUUUCUAAACCUGCCACCACCACUUUAUUAUAGUAAUAGACAGGAGCCAUCUGCAGGUUGCACCAGACUAAACUAUUCUUCCAAAAAAAUAAAAAUAAAAGGCUAAAUGAUACAUGUGACCAAACCUUAAAGUCCACCAGGAUCUUUUUCUUAACCAAUCUUGUAAUUUCCUAUCAAUCUCCUAGAAAGUGUCCUAGAAAGAAA